AGCAGACAUUCGCAUGUGAAUUUUUUGGUUGAGAAUUUUAUAAUUGUUUUCCUUUCAUUUUGAUUUACUAUUCUAUCAUUUUCGUUAAAAUAAUAAAAUUUAAUCAACAGUCACUCUAAAACUAUGCCUGCAGUAAGUAAUGUAUACCAACGUGGUUAUCAACCAUCGUGCUGGGAUCGUGUCAAAUAUGGUUUUAUGAUGGGUGCCUGUGUUGGCCUUGCAUCAGGUGGAUUAUUUGGCGGUUUUCGAGCAUUAUCGAUGGGCCUACGUGGUCGUGAACUAUUGUCAUCUUUGGGUAAAGUUAUGAUACAAGGUGGUGGUACAUUUGGUACAUUCAUGGCAAUAGGAACAGCCAUUCGAUGUUAAUUCAACCUUAAAUUACCUUGUUCACUAAUGAACCAAACUCCAUCCAAUUGAUUUUCAAUGGUGUGGACUUUUUGUCCAAAUGAUAGAUGAUUGAUACGGUGUGAAG